AUGGUGAAGGUGGCGGAGAAAUUCGGAGUGAAAUGCGAAGUUCGGAAGCCGACAACGAACUUGAAGAGCGAGUUCCCGAUAUGGUACCACAUUGGGGUGGAGACCGGGCGCUGCACGGCGAACUCGAAGUCGAGCAAGUGCCUGCGGGAGAAGCAUGGUGUCCUCACCGUCGCGCAAUGCAGAGAGACUGCGAAUCGGCUCGAGACGGCUGCGAGUGGACACCGAGCUGUGAGUACGUGCGAUUGCGGCGCGUGCGCUGUGGACCGACUGGAGCGGGGCUGCGAUAAUCCCCACAGAUGUGCGGAGGCGGCGAGACGAGCCCUGGGGAGGCUGGAACCGAAAUGGCGGCCUGAAGUGGGCGAGAAUGGUGAUGGUCUUACACUCACGAGGCGGCGCAAACGAAUGAACCAGACGGCGAAGGCUGCGAAGGAAAGAAUCCUUUUCGACCCCUCACUCACGCAAGGCACCCCUCUAGCGAUGGCCUUCAGAGUCUUCGUGCGGGAUACUGACAGAGCCGACGGAGUUGCGACGAGGGUGCCCCGCCCCUACCAAGUCCAGAACGAGGAGGUGGAGGUCUUUACAGACGGCUCCUGCGUAAACAACGGCAGGGACGAUGCGAGGGCAGGUAGUGGGGUGUGGUUCGGUGUUGACGAUCCGAGGAACUGUAGCUCAGGGGUGCCGUACGACGCCCAAUCGAACCAAACGGCAGAGGUCUAUGCUGUUGCUCUGGCGCAUCGAAGAGUACCGCCCUUCGCUGCGUUGCAUAUUGUUAGUGAC